UUUGGCAAACAUGGAAAGCAUCAGAUCUGUUGCCAAUCGAUUUGGUAUAAGUAACUCCACUUGUUGGAUGGUACUUUACAAGAUUUGUAAUAUGCUUGUACAAUUAAGUUUGCAACAUCGACUGAUUGCAUGGCCAUCGCCCAAUUCUUUGCAAGUUACAUGUAACAGUUUUCAGCAACAUUUUGGAAUGAGAGGAGUAAUUGGAGCCAUUGACGGUAGCCACAUUAGGAUUAAUGCGCCAAAGGACCAUCACACGUCAUACAUAAACCGAAAGGGCUAUCAUUCUGUGUUGUUGCAAGCUGUGUGCAAUGCAGAUAUGUUAUUUACUGAUGUCUACACCGGCUAUCCCGGAUCUGUACACGAUGCAGCAUUAUUCAAGCGAUCAGAUUUGUGUAAUAAUAUAAGUACAGGUGCUGCCUAUGUAGGAGAGUUUUACUUACUUGGGGACAAAGCGUACCCUUUACAAACUGUUUUAAUGGUUCCCUUUAAAGAUACCGGUCGGUUAUCUAGGCAACAAAAACAUUUUAAUGUUGUGUUAAGUAAAUCAAGAGUUGUAAUUGAAAACGCGUUUGCUCUCCUUAAAGGUCGCUUUAGAAGACUGAAAUACAUAGAAACUGUGAAGCUCGAAUAUAUUGUAUUAUUGAUUAUGGCAGCAACAAUCCUGCAUAACUUAUGCAUUCUAUGCAAGGAUGAAUUUAGACAAUUGAUAGACAUAACUGUAGAAAUAGCAGAAGAAAGGGAAAUGAAUGAUGUUGAAAUACACAACAUAGCAUUUAGAAAUAACUUGGCAAUAGCAAAACGACAGGAGAUUAUGAAUUCAUUGGCAAUGAUACUUAACAAUUAA